AUGUCGAAGUCGAAGCGCGUACAGUUCGCAGCGACGAACAUCGUCUACUCGGACGGGUCUGAGUCGUCGUCGCCAGCGCUCUCCGUCUCGUCUCUACCUUCCUCAUCGUCACCCGACCUGAGGACGCCGCCGAACGAAGAAGACGAGGAUUAUCAGCCUGCGGUUUACCCGCGAACGCCAUACACGACCCACCAGGACCUCUUUCCAGACCUUGCCAUCCCAGUGCCCGUUUCGAAACCCAUCCAAAUCCAUUUCCUCCUCGCGUUCAGCCCGUUCAGCGAGCCCGCGGUCAACUAUGACCUGUCACUGCCCCCAACGAUCGUCGACGGGCAGUACCCACCGUCAGCCUUCGCAGAGUCCGCCACAUCACCCCCUCUACCGUCUCUCCUCAUCACGCACCCACUCCUGAAGUACUGCUUGGAGGUUGUCCCAGCGGCCUCCGUCGCUGGCUCGUACGUGUCGGUCAUGGACGUCCUCAACUCCCUCUACAAGGAGCUGCGGCUACCUAUCCACCCUGUGGAGUACGCCGAGCUUACGGACGUAGAAGUUCGCCACGCCGUCGAUGCGGCCUACUAUUCGCGGUGUGGCCGCAUUAGGGAUGUCGAGGCUAGGAUCAAGGAGGAGAGGAAGGGGAUCAAGAAGGUCGACCUUCUCAUGGGAAGGACACGGUUCAUGGGCUUGUCUGGAACCAUGAACGGCCCGGAGACAUGGGAGCUCAACGUUCUGUAG